GCCCCCGCGCCCGCCCCCGCCGGGGACCUCGCCCCCGCCGGCACCGAGCACAAGAAGGCGGAACACCACGACUACAAGAAGGGCGGCGGCAAGGAGCACCACGCGCACCACCACCACGACCACGGGGAGAAGGGACACAAGGGCUACAAGGGACACCACCACCACGAGCACGGGAAGAAGGGACAUCACGACAAGGAGGCCCAUAAAGGAGAAUACGACGACCACGGCGGACACAAGAAGGAGCAUCAUCACGAAGACGGGCAUCACCACGAGCACCACAAGGGCGAGAAGGGCGAAAAAGGACAUAAAUACGCUGAAAAGGGACACUACAGCAAGGGGCACUCAACUAAAGGACACCACGAAGUGCACAAACUCGACGAGUUUAAAAAGGACAAGCACUUCUUCGACGAAGAAGGCGAUUCCGGCCACGAGGAGAAACAUGGCGGCUUCCACGAGGAGCACGGACACAAGAAGGGAGGGCACUACAAGAAGGGGCACCACCACGGCGGGCACCACCACAAGGAGCAUGGCGAGAAGGGACACAAGGAGAAGGGAGGACACCACCACGAGCACAAGGGGCACAAGGAGGCGGCGGGGCACGACCACCACCACCAUCACCACCACGACCACGCCAAGAAGGGGGGGCACGAGCACCAUAAGAAGUGGGGGUACAAGAAAGGCCAUUGA